UUUAACUCUUUUGAAGAAAAUGGGUGAAAGUGGAGUUAAUAAUAAUAAUAAGUAAUAAGGCAGAUCUAUAUGGGCCUGCUUUAAGCCCAUUAAAACUUUUUUUCUCUUGGCUAAAUCAAACGAUUAAGAUUCAAUCAUGACGUAAUCAGCCUAAAACAUCACCUGAUCAACCUCUUGAUUUCGCAUCAAUUCACAUGUCGUUUUCUGUUUCCCUGAGAUUUCCCGGGAAGGAAAAUUAAAAAAGGAAAAAAGGUAAAAAAAAAAAACAAAAAAGGUUAAAAUAUUAAAAAUAAAAAUCAAUAAAAGGACAAAGAGGUUUCAACACUUCUUAGCCUUUGUUAAAUCUGAAGAAGAGAAGAAGAAAAAAGGAAAAUAAGUCAAAACCAAUGGAAGAUCCUACCGCAAGCAAUGUGACUCCGACGGCGAAUUCUUCUUCGCAGCUGAAUCUACCGCCGUCGAUGAAUACUCCGGUGGUCUCACUUGAGUCACGAAUCAACCGUCUGAUCAAUGCCAACCAGACUCAAUCACCAUCAAGGUCUAUAUACUCUGAUAGAUUCAUACCCAGUAGAUCCGGAUCCAAUUUCGCGCUCUUCGAUCUCGCUCCUUCGCCGGGAAAAGACGGUAAGGAAGACGGCGCUGGCUCUUACGCGACCCUCUUGCGCGCGGCGAUGUUCGGGCCCGAGACGCCGGAGAAGAGAGAUAUUACUGGGUUCUCUUCGUCGCGGAAUAUAUUCAGGUUUAAGACGGAGACGAAUCGGUCCCUGCACUCGUUCUCGCCGUAUGUUUCCGAUGAAGCUCCCGGUGUUAGCCAUAGUCCGAUCAAGGCCCUGAGGAAGGUGUCGCGAUCGCCGUAUAAGAUUCUCAAUCUCGUUGACUUUCGUUGUUGGAUUCCAUUGACGCAUGACACAUUCUGUGAUCUUGAUGACGUGUUGCUCUCUGAUUGUCUGGAGACUGAGGUACUGGAUGCACCAGCCUUGCAAGAUGAUUUCUAUUUAAAUCUCGUUGAUUGGUCCGCACAAAACGUUCUUGCGGUGGGACUAGGGAACUGCGUGUAUUUGUGGAACGCUUGUAGUAGCAAGGUAACUAAGUUAUGUGAUCUCGGGGCUGAUGAUAGCGUUUGCUCUGUGGGUUGGGCGUUCCGUGGAACUCAUCUUGCUGUUGGAACUAGUACAGGGAAAGUACAGAUAUGGGAUGCGUCACGCUGCAAGAGAACAAGAACAAUGGAAGGUCAUCGUCUAAGAGUUGGAGCCCUGGCGUGGAGCUCAUCUGUUCUGUCGUCUGGUAGCAGAGACAAGAGUAUUCUUCAGAGAGACAUACGUUGUCAAGAAGAUCAUGUCAGUAAAUUAACAGGUCACAAAUCCGAGGUAUGCGGACUCAAGUGGUCUUACGACAACAGAGAGUUAGCAUCUGGUGGAAACGACAAUAGGCUUUUUGUAUGGAACCAACAUUCAACACAACCGGUUUUGAAAUAUAGUGAACACACUGCAGCGGUUAAAGCCAUUGCUUGGUCUCCUCAUGUUCAUGGGCUUCUUGCUUCUGGUGGUGGAACUGCUGAUAGAUGCAUACGUUUCUGGAACACAACGACCAACACUCAUCUAAGUUCCAUAGAUACUUGCAGUCAGGUAUGCAAUCUGGCUUGGUCUAAGAAUGUAAACGAGCUGGUCAGCACGCACGGUUACUCCCAAAACCAAAUCAUAGUGUGGAAAUACCCAACCAUGUCGAAAAUUGCUACUCUGACCGGUCACACAUACCGAGUUCUGUACCUUGCGGUCUCGCCUGAUGGACAGACGAUUGUAACCGGAGCAGGGGAUGAAACCUUAAGGUUCUGGAAUGUUUUCCCAUCACCGAAAUCUCAGAACACGGAUAGUGAAAUCGGGUCGUCUUUCUUUGGUAGAACGACAAUUCGGUGAAAAAACUCAUACACACAGACAGAACAGAUAAACGUUUCUUUCAUUUCUUCAACAGCAGCCUCUUGAGUUUGGUCUUCUCAACCAACCAUUUUCACACGGAGAGAGAGAGAGAGAGAGAGAGAGAGAGAGGGUCAAUCAAAUUCUUUUUUCACACGACGGGAUGCAAAAGGAUCUAACCCUUUGAUAAUAAUACCAUCUGGGUUCGUCUAAGUUGCACAACAAAAGUUUUUCAAAAAUUGUAUAUCUCUUUAUUCAAAUUUUUCUUUUUAUACAUCACAUCAUAUCAUAUAUAUAAUUUUGUUGUAUUUAGUUACGAAACACAACACACCAUUUUAUAAUGAGUCAUAGUAAUAAAUGCAAUAAUUCGUUGCCCCCA